AUGCUUCUAUAUCCUCCAACUUUCGUACUUGGUCGCUGGUCUAGACCUGCGGCCGUUUUGCGAACGUCAGGGAUUCAUGCUCUGACAUUCGAAAGAUUUUUGUUCCCAGCAAUAGAAGGACACUGGGCUUAUUGCGAUUCUCAAAACAUCGCAUUUCCAUCGCGGGAGCCCUAUGGACUUGACUCGCCAGAUAUGAAGCGGUGGCAGCAGACCUACGUUAUUUCAUUGGAUGAGAUCCGUCAGUGCGACUAA